AUGCACGGAUUGGUCGAGCAAUUCCUGAAGCUGCGACCCCCGAAAUUUGCUGGAAUGGGAGAUCCCGAAGAGGCGGAAUCCUGGAUAGAUGAGUUACAUAAAGCCUUUGAACUUCUAAGAUGUUCUGAGAAAGAGAAAGUGACCUUGGCGACAUACCAGUUGCAGGGUAAUGCCAAUCAUUGGUGGAAGGUAAAAGAAUUUUUGCAACUCCAGCAGACCAACUUAACGGUGGACCAGUAUGAGGUAAAAUUUGCCCAAUUGUCAAGGUACGCCCCUAGACUUAUUGAAAAUCCAGUCGACAGGGCAAAGCGAUUUCGUGAUGGUCUCAAGCUUAACAUCCGGAGUCAGCUGGUAGCUUUAAACCUGAAAGAUUAUAAUGAGUUAUAUGAAUGA